AUGAUAUUCUCAAUUCCUCUACUUCUCAACCUCGUUGUUGGCUCGUUAGCGCUAUCCCUGAUAUACAGAUUCAUAAAGUCUCAGAAUGAGCGGCGAAUUGAUGAACAAUUCGCAGCAGCGCAUGGAUGCCAACCACUCAAGCCGUGGACUUCAAAAUGGCCUCUAGGGCUGGAUCUACUCUUCAAAGCUUUCGAGUACGAUCGCAGACAGCAGAUUCUCCAAUUCUUUCUGGACGUAAUAUCCGAGUCGGGAAAUACCUUUGAGCAGAAGCUCCUGUUUUCUCGAGGGAUCGAUACAAUCGAGCCCCGAAACAUUGAGGCUAUCCUUUCAUCGCAGUUUUCCGAUUUCGAUCUCGGACUACGACCGGUGCAUUUCGACCCUUUGAUGGGCAGCGGUAUCUUCACUCAAGAUGGGGAACAGUGGCAGCGCUCGCGCGAGCUUCUCCGGCCGCAAUUCAUGAAUAACAGGAUGGAGAACUUCGAACAGGUGAAGUCUGCAGUGGACGCCCUUAUCGACUGCGUUCCUGGAGAUGGAGUCGUGGACCUGCAGCCGCUCUUCUUCCGCCUCACAUUUGAGACCACCCUAUUCCUGCUCUUUGGACAGCAUCUGCCCAGUUUGAAGGCCGAUGGAAUUACAGGUCUUGAAUCUGAGUUCGCGGAGGCUUUUAACCGAGGUCAGAACUAUCUUGCUCAGCGAGGACGGCUCGGCGAUCUGCACUGGCUUGUAGACGGAAAGGACUUUCGGAGAGUCUGUAAGAUAUGCCAUGAUUUCGUGGAUGGUGCGGUCAAGAAGGCCUUGGAUCGCUAUGUCCCGUCCAAGUCGACGGACUCACGUGAAGCGUACACUUUUGUCGAUGCUAUCAUGGAGAAUACUAGGAGUCCAAAGAUUCUGAGAGACCAAUGUCUGAAUAUCCUUUUGGCGGGGAGAGACACGACAGCGUGCUGCCUCACAUGGACACUACGCCUGCUUGUUCAACAUCCUGAAGUUCUUGCCAAGCUACGGCGCGAGGUUGAAGAUACGGUUGGCGUUGGUCCGGGAGCAUCAGAUCCCCAGAUCCGUCAAAUCAAGAUGAUGCCAUAUCUAUCGAUCGUGAUCAAAGAAGUCCUCCGAUUAUACCCAUCCGUCCCCGUAAACUCCCGCGCAGCCACAAAGACAACAACCCUUCCCACAGGAGGAGGCCCCGACGGAACAGCCCCCAUCCUCGUCCGCAAAGGCGAAGGAGUCGGAUACUGCGUGUACGCCAUGCACCGACGAAAAGACCUCUUCGGCUCUGAUGCCGACCGUUUCCGUCCUGAGCGCUGGGAAAAUGACGCGUUGAAAGAUAUCGGAUGGGGCUAUGUGCCUUUUAACCGGGGUCCGCGCGUGUGUCUGGGUCAGAACUUUGCGGAGCUGGAGGCUGCUUAUACUGUUGUUCGGUUGUUGCAGACGUUUGAGACUAUUGAGAUGACGGAGUAUAAGCCGUUUAAUAUGCCGGUUGGUGAAGAGAAGCAGGUUCUUACUUUGGUUGUGUCGAGUGGGGAUGGUUGUUGGGUGAGGAUGAAGAGGUAUGAGGUUCGAACGGCGUAG